UGCAGCCAGAUCCGAUCCCAGCCUCUACAUCCUGUGUGAGAGUAUCCGAGCCUCCACCCAGCCGGAUCUGAUGUGCUGACGUGUCGGCUCCUCCAGAGAGCUCCCAGUGCUGCUCCAGCUCAGCUCCUCCGCCUCCACCAUCCAGAGCCAGUCAACAACACAAAACUGCCAACAUGGCAGCAAAACACUUCUACCGACAGGGCUUUUUAUUACUUCUAUUUAAUUUUAUCUCCACGGCGGCAGCCUUGGAGAAACGGUUCUCGGACUUUAAGAGAUGCGCGGAUGAGGAGUGCAGCAUGCUUUUGUGUCGGGGAAAAGCUAUCAAAGAUUUCUCGGGACCAGACUGUCGGUUCCUGACGGUCAAGAAAUCAGAAACUAUCUAUGUAUACUACAAACUGUCAGGCAGAAGGACCGACAUGUGGGCCGGAAGCGUUGGAAGUCACUUUGGCUAUUUCCCAAACGACGUUCUUGCAGUUAACCACGUCUAUACUGAAAAAGAAAUAGAAGUUAAUGCAGAGGAAACAGAUUUCGUCUGUUUUGACACUGGAUUUGACAAGUUUGACAAUUAUGACAUAGAUUCACUGUUAGGCUCUUCACUGAAGGAGAAUUAUGGUGAAAACACGGGAACAUAUGACCAAAUCCAAGUGUCAGAGGACUCGCAGAAAGAAACACAGCCAUCAGCAGAAGAGGCAACCGACAGUGAAGAACAAAUUGAGCAUCAUGAUAAUAACUCUGAGGAUCUUCAUGAAGUGCCAGACGAUCCAAGUGCCUCUUUACCUGAACUUGACGUGGCAACUGAAUCGCCUUCUAGAAAAGACGUAGCGUCUGAUGCAGCAGCUACACUAGAUGCCACUAAAAGAGCUGCAGCAGACGCAGUAGAGUCCGUUCAUGAAAGUGUGUCAGAAAGGAUUGAAACCAAAGAUACACCCGCAAAAUCUGAAGAGGAAUCUGCGUCCAAAGAUGUUCCAGAAAACGAACCAGUCUCGAUUUCCGAAGGGGCGCAAAUCCCCAAGUUAGAAACGACCCUUGGAACAACUUUCGAUGCUGUCGUCACCACCGAAGAUGAAAUCACCAAGAAUGUUACCCCAUAUGAAGAGGAGGAAAGCGAACAUGUGGAGAAUCAUCCCGUAGAAGACAUUGAUGUUAAAGCAGAGACUCCGUUGCUGACUUUCUCUGAAGACACCGUGAACACUCCAGCAUCUGAUGAAAAUCCUCAAGCAGCUCCUGAUGUUAAACCAGAGGCUGCAGAGGAGAAGAACAUGUGGACAUCGUUGGGAGAUGCUGUUUUUUCAGUCGUCACCGGGGGAGAGAGGACAGCACAAGAUUUGAGCUCAGAGGAAGACGACGAUGACGAGGACGUGGAGGAAGCUGCUUCAAAAACCCCUCAGGAAGUAAAGAAUGCAGUAGAAGAAGAACCGCUAUCGGUAGAAUCAUCAAAAGAGCCGGAGAACAUAGAGCCAGCCUUGGUUGAUGAUGGCGAAGUGGUCGGACCUGAGGGCGCUUUCGAGGAAACUUUAAAACCAACUGAUGAGCCGGUACACCAUCAAACAGAAGCAAGAACGAUAUCAGUGGAUCCGGUAUCACAGGAUGAUACUUCUGCUCAAAACUCAGAUAUUAAAACAACAGAUGAACCCAUUGAGCACAAAGAAGAAGAAGAAGAAGAAGAAGAUGAAGAAGAUGAAGAGGGGUGGGUUUCCGAAGAUUUAGAGGACAAUAAUGACAGUAGUGUUGCAACAGAGCAGAGCGAGGAUUUGGACAAUGAAUUGGACGAAAACAAAACGGCGACAGAUCAAGAACUAGCCGGUAUUGAAACACAUGAGGACCCGUUCACUGAGGAGAUACAAUCAGACGUGAAAGAUGAUGAAAAGACAGUAGAUGACAGCCCACCUUAUCAGAUAAAUGACCAUUUAGUGACAGAUUUAGAUAUUAAUAACAGUCAACCUGAAUUAUCUGUGGAGGAACCGGAGAUUCAUGAGGAACAUCUGACAGAGGAGGGGAAAGAAGAGGAAGAGGAACAGAAAGAGGAGGAGAAAGAAGGACUACUUGAAGAUGAAAAUGCACUUUCUUUCUCACAAUCGGACAGCACAGAGUCCGACGAACCCUCGCCUGAGACGGCUCCACCCGCUGCAUCGCCUCCGGAGCCAGAAUACAGCGACAGCGUGCUGAGACUGACUCUUCUUCGAGACCACUUCACAGCGGAGAAAAUGGAGCAAGUCCAAAAGCUCCUGGGCCUCGGGAAUCUCUUCAAAGUGGAGGCCAUGUUCUCCGACUUGGACAUAGAACUGCAGGCUACCCGUCGCUCGCAAACAAGUACCACGCAAGACAUUGAAACCGCGCUCGAGGGCAUCCUGGAAGCCUCUGAGAACACCAUCCUGGACGAGAUUGAGAAACUGCUGGAUAGCCAGAGCACAAAACAUGAUGAUGAGCAACAUACAGACACAAGCAGUCUGGACGAGGAGACUGAAAUACUGGAUGACUUCCAGGAGCUCGCAUUCAGCCUGCGACAGAAGUAUUCAACAGCCAGCGACAGCACGCCUCUGGCUACAGAAAAAGCAUCAGAUAUUGACAAAGGACGCAAAUUAAUUGUAACAGAUGUAACGCCCCACAUUGUUGAAGAGGACAACAGCGUCCCUGAGGCCGAGAGCGACGACAACCUCACAGUAACAGAUCAUGAGGAAACACCAGCAGAGACUAAAGAAGAGCUGGUGGUUUUGGACGAGGUGGUUUUGGACGAGGUGCCCAGCGGACCGGACGUCAGCGUGGAGGAGGAUGGUGGACACUUUAAUAAGAACAAAGACAAUCAGCCGAGCUUCAGCGCAUCAGACGAGAUGCAGAAGCUCCCUCAAGCCACCCUGGAAACUCCCUUAGACAUGGGCCUCGGUGUCGAGGUUGAGCCAUCGCCCUCAGGGUCUUUGGACUCCAUGGAACCAGUGCCUGAAAUUCACGAAGAAGAAGAAGAAAAAGAAAAAGAAGAAGAAGUGGGAUUAUUCUCAACUGGGAUUGUUUACAUGGGCUGCAUCCUUUCGAUGAUCAAGAGUAAAAUUGCAGAGUGGACUAUUGAGGUGAUUUCAUUACUGCCAGAGGAAUGGAAGCCGGGGGAAACCUUGUUUGGCUGUCCUUGGCAAGCUGUUGUCAUCACUGCUUUGAUUGGAGUUGUGACCUUCGCCCUCUUCUUCUGGAGGACCGUGUUGGCAGUAAAGAAGAAAGAAUACCUUGUGGAUGAAAAAAAGCUGACAGAGCAAAUUCUGGCGCUCAAAAAAGAGAAGACUGAUGCUGUCGCCAAAAUGUCUGAACUCCAGAAACAGACUGAACGCUUGAAAGAAAAUCAAAAACAGUCAAAGGAAACAGUUAGCAGUACAAAGAAAAGGAUGCAAGACCUGGAGAGUAAAGUUUUGGCGGCAGAAACACGGAAUGAACACAUGGCCGAGGAAAAGAAAAAAUAUUCAAAACUACUCGAAGACGAGAGGGCAAACUCUCAGCAAAAUGGCUCCAGGAUUGAGAAAUUGGAGAAGUCAAACGAGAAGCUACAGCUCAGCAGGAAAAAGGUUCAGGAAGCUCUCGCUAAGACUGCUGUUCUCCUGGACGAGGCCAAGAUUCGCGAAGAUGCCCGAAACGUUCAGCACAAAUGUCUUCAGAAAGAUUAUUCAGCACUAAAAGAAGAAAAUAAAACACUCAAGUCGACCAUAAAGAGCUGGGAGGACAAACACAAGGAGCUGAACGAGCAGAUUAAAGUCUAUCAAAAGUCCCAGAAGGAGCUGGAGGACUCGGUGGUACUCAAAGAUCACAACGUGGAGGUGUUGUCUGAACUUCUGGCAGACCUCGACGCUUGUGAUUUACAAAAAGGUGACACCAAACUUUUAGCCAAUGGUGAAGUAGCACCUGCGUCUUUUUCAGACAAGAAAACAUCCAUAAAGAACAGGAUCAAACAGAUGAUGGAUGUUUCUCGGGUCCAGACAACUCUCACUGUGGUCGAAGAAGAGCGUGAUCGCUUCAUGACAAAACUACUGAGUGAAGAAAAGACUAGAAAGUCUCUGGAAGAACAACACCAGGAGCUGGAGCACGCCAUCGGGACCCUAAAGAACGAGAAGAGCCACGUUGAAAACCAGUUCAAGAUCCUGCAGCAGAAAAACGAAAUCAUGGUUGAAAUGUAUCAGCAGAAAGAAAACGCUCUGCAGCAGAGACUAACAAAGGAAGAGUUGGAGCGACGCAGCAAAGAGAGUCAGCUGUCUGAGGUGGGAGGGAAAGCUGUCGAGGCCGAGGGGCAGGUUAAAGUCUUACGACAACGCAUCAAUGAGAUGGAGGAGCAGAUGAAGAAGACGGAAGGAGUCUAUAAAGACCAGAUAAAAGAACAGGAAAACAAAACUCACUCUAACUGGGUAAAUGCUCGUAAUGCAGAGCGAGCUCUGAAUCAAGAGAAGCUUGAAACAUCAAAGCUCCGUGAAAAACUGGCUGUACUGACCUCUCAGCUUAAUGAGCGCCGCGCUCCUCUCUUCAGACCGAACUCUGGACAACCUCCUGGCCCUCGCCAAGGUGAUUCAUACGGGCCCUCUCCUGUGAGUGGGGGAGCACCGUCCCCUCCAAUAAUGAUCGAGGGUCCCAGGCGCCCUCCGUCUGCCCCAGUGGGGCGAAGAAUUGACCCGUAUGGUCCUCGACCUCCGUCAGACCCACACGGCCGUUACGCUGAAAACAAACACAUGUCUGGGAUGGACAUGAUGGGCCCCCGAAGCUCAUCGCCCGCCAACAUGGAUGCAUCUACACAGGCAGUAGAUCCACAGAUAAAAGCAGAGACACAGGCUGAGGCCUCCACAGACAGCCCAGAGCCAGCACCUGGAUCCUUCCUAGUGUCUCCAAUCAGGGACUCGCCAGGCCCCAUGGUCCAAGGACCUCCACUCGGCCCCGGCCCCGGACCCCACGAUCAGCUCCCUCCUCCUGGACCCCACGGCCGCCUGCCGCCUCCCGGACCUUACAGACCUCCACGACCAGGCCUCUACCACCUCCCACCAGGUCCUCACGGUCCUCAUCCUCCUAAUGUACCGCCUCAUCUUCACGGGCCUCCACUACCAGCCAACGGCCACCCAGGUAUGCCGCUGCCUGGACCAAUGGGAGGAGAGUUUGGACCUCGACCCGCCAACGGACACGCAUUCCUCCCCAGGCCGGGCCCUGGACAUGGCAUGGAUCCUCGGGGUCCUCUACCACCACACUUCCGUCCCCCUCCACCUCAUCACUUCGGACCGAUGCCUCUGCCACACGGUGUCCGUGGACCUAUGGGACCACGUCCACCCGUCCCUCAUGACAUGCGCUACCCAGGACCGCGUGACCGCCCCAGCCCACCCAUGAACCUGCCUCCAGGCGUCCCUCCCCAUCCCGCACACGGCGACGCAUACGGUCAAGCUCCGCCCGACGCCCUCCAUAACUCCCACCCCGGCCCCCGACAGGACCUGCAUGGGAAGCAGGAGGGCCCUCAGGACUCAGCGAGGCCAGCGAUGGUCAAGCCUUAAAGACGCCACCAGCUACGGCAAGAGGACUUGAAUUUACCCCGAACCAGAUCCAGUCCAAAAAACAAAGGUCAUGAUUAUUUUCAUAUUUCAGUUAUAAAAUAAAAAAACUGCAAUGAUGUUUAUUAAAAAAAGAAAAAAACAUGGUCCUUAAAUUAAAACAUCAAUAAUUAUGUGUCUGAAAUCAAUAUGACUUGAGAGGGUUGCCACUUUUCUAAACCGCUUAUUGUGCAAUAAUAAUUCAUUAUACGCCAGAGGAUUUUCAUUUUUGUUGAUCUUUUAAAAUAAAAUAUAUAAAUAUAUAGCAAUGAUUUUUAAGGGGCAAUUUUUUAAAUGUCAUUUCCUGUGGAAAUUAUUUUAAAAAAAGGAGAAAAAGGAGCUUCUAGCAUUUCAGGAAUACCAUAAUUUCCCAAAGCUGUUGCUUUAGAGCCGACUGUAAAGCAAAAUGUGUAAUUUGAUGGCCAGAUGUAUAACUUAUUUUACUAUGUUGGUAGAACUUUUAAUAAUAAAUGAAUGUAAAAGCUG